GUCUCAUUCAUUCGCAUACACACAUACAGCCAGUGAACAGUGCACACUGACGUUUGACACACGCGAAUACAUAAAUUAAGGAAGGAUUCUACCUACCUUGCAACACGUAUGGAUGGAUGGAUGGAUGCAGCUCUGCAUCGACCGCUCAGCUCUCUCCCUCUCUCUAUGUGCCUGGCCUGCCUGAUCUAUCUUAUCUGUCUGUUCACACCCCCUGUAUGGUGUCUGCCCCCUGCUGCACCUCCUUCCACUUCAUGGCGUUAAGGUCGGCCGCCAGCUUGAGCAACUCGUCUGCCUCCUUCUUGUCACCACCGCCACCUGACGGCACACUCACCUUCUCACCCCGCUGCACCACCUCACCUGACCAAGCACAGCCCCACACUAGUCACUCUCUCCGGCUGUCAUGUCUGUGCAUUUCUGUCUCGUCACUCACCUGCCGCAUCCUGCUUUUCCCCCUGCGCAGCAGCAGCUGCCUUUGCCUUGGUGGCUCCCUUGGUCGCAGUGGAGGCAGCCACAACGCGUUCUGAGGCACACCACAAAGGUACAAAUGUGUUGAUCCUCGGCAAGCAUCUUCGCGGACCUCCGGAUGAAGCGACAGUGUUCUUGGUGCCCUUGGGCGGCUUGGCGGGCGGUGCCGACUGCGAGAGACUCUUUCUGCAUCCACACAUCAUGCAGAGACAUUGGUUGGGAAAGUAUGGACUCUGUUGCGUCUGUGUAUGACUCUUGUUGGCUUGGGGGUGGCGCUGCCGGUGCGGCAGCGGACUUGGCCUUGGUGUUGCGACUUGACUUGAUGGACGUGUUGGCACUCCUACUGCACAAGAAAGGCAAGUGGCCCAAGGUUGGCCAUAUACUCACUUAUGCGUUGCCUUGCUUACGCGGACUGCUGGACAGCCAAAGCACCUUCAAGCUCCUCAUACGCUGCCACAAGUCAGUCGAGACACUUAUGGGGUGGUCUCUGCCUCAAGUCUCAAUGAGCGUGUGUGGCUGACUGAUUUACUGACCAGCCCUCUGCCUCUGCUGUGUGUGCUGCAGCCGCUGGAUGAGCUCCAGCUCCUCCUUCUCCAUCAUCGCUAUCUGCGCCUCCUUUAAUCGCUGACCGACACGUGUCCUCGAGUCUAUGUGUUGGUUGACCGCCCGCCGACCUGCCUACCUGCAGGUCAUCCUCCCGCUGCAGCUUCUCCUGGAAGUGCUUGCGAGCCAACGUACGGCGAUGCUCCUGCAUGCGAGACACCAUCAGGCACAGUGGUGUCUCUCUUGCCUUAGCCUUGUCUGCCUCCCUCCCUGGUCUUAUUUACGUCUUCUCGCUUCCGACGUUCCUUCAUUUCUUGCUCGCUCUGUCGAAUCUUGUCCUUGCGGGCCACCAGGAACUCCUCCUCCUGCCGACGGGCCUCAGCCAGCUCCUUCUCCGUCUCCUGUAGUAGUAGGUAGAAACAUGCGUAUCGUAUCACACAUACACAUAUUCCCUCUGCGUGCGUGUGAUCGCUGAAAUAGCGACCGACCUUUCGCUGAGCGUAAUAGUCGCUGAUGCCCUCGAUCUUUUGCAGUCGAUGCUGCUCCAACCGUUCUCUGCAGGGCAGCAGACAGAGGGGCCGUGUGGGUUCAUUGUACCUCCCCUCACCGGUGUCGUCGCAGAUGUUCCUCCCGGUUGGAGGCCUGCUUGGCGCGGAUCUCCUCGAGUUCCUUCUCACGGGCCUCGCGCAGCUGCACCCACAAACAGAGAGAGGAGAGGAGAUUUAAACACAGACAGGCUGGCAAGGUGAAGUGCGCUGUGCGUCCCACCUCCUCUCUCUGCCUUUGGAGCUCCUCAUUGCGUCGACGGAUCUCCAAGAUCUCCUGCAGGCGGAGAUAGAUGUACAUGGGUGCAUCAUACCUGGCAAGGCGUGGCGUACGUGUGCCCGUUUCUUGGUCUCAUCGAUUUUCUUCUGGGCCUUUUUCUCCUCGAGCUUCAGCAGGGCAAUCCUGUUGGCGAGCAUCAACGCAUCCUGCGAUCGAGGCAAUGCAACGCAUGUGCAACACACAGCGCCGUCAUUUGUAUGUAUGUGUGUGUGUGUGUCUGUCCAUUUCUUCAGUGCACUUGUCUUGCCUGCUCGGCCCGUUUGCGGUUGACUCUGCUGUGGAAGAGCUGCACGGCCAUCUCGUGAGAGAUGUCCGUCUCCCCCUCGCCCGCAUCAUAGGCCAUGUCCAGGGGCAUCGGCACGCCGUCGCCCUCACCCGUCACGCCGGCCGUCUCAUCGCCGCCAUCAACCUACAGCCCAAGACGCUGGUGCAUACCGUAUGCGUAGUGCUUCCUGCCUCGCAUACACAUGCGCCGUGGAGCGCCGAACAGUAGUGUCUGACUGUGUUGUGUGUGUAUCCUGACCUGAGGAUCUUGCCCCAUGUCAGGAUAGGUAUCUGCUGCGCCGUACUCAGCCUGCAGACAAACGGAGAUAGAUAGAUAAUAGAGCGAUAGAGAGAAGGGUCCGGACAAAAGCUAGAACUGAUCAUGCAAAGCGGCUGUUUUGGUCAUCUUUUCCAAUCAGGCUUGCUGCCAUGCAGACUGUUCACACAUCACGCUCUCUGUGCGCAUUUCGUACCAUGGUCCGCUUGGGUCAGGUACGCGAAGGCAGACUCGGUCCCAACAACUGGAAAAGCGGCCUUCGCGUCUCCCCUGCCCAG